AUGGAAACGACAAUGGAUCCAAUCCCCAGUCCGAAUGGAGCGGAAUCAACAACUGACUCCGAAGUUCACUGGAAUGAACUCCAUAAACCUCCUACGCAUCAUGAUAACGACCCAGAGGCUCUUACUCGCCUAGAGACAUCACAGUCACAUAUGUCACCUCCUGAAUCACUCUCAAAGGAGAUAAUGUUUGUCAGUGUUGUGUGUAUGGCACAGUUCAUGACACAGUGCGGUCUCUGCAUGUCUAUUGCGCCUGUGCAUAUCAUCGGAGAUAGUUUCGCCACCACAAACCCCGCGUCAUUAAGUUGGUUUGCAGCCGCAUACAGCUUGACUGUCGGUACUUUUAUCCUGGUUGCUGGUAGACUGGGUGAUGUGUACGGCCAUCGUCGUCUUUUUAUCAUCGGCUUUAGCUGGUUCAGUCUUUGGUCUCUUCUGGCAGGAUUCAGCGUUUAUUCGAAUGAAAUAUUCUUCGAUUGUUGUCGUGCUCUUCAAGGAAUUGGACCUGCUAUGCUGUUACCCAAUGCUAUUGCAAUCCUCGGCCGAACCUAUCCACCUGGUCUGCGAAAAGAAAUGAUCUUCAGUUUAUUUGGUGCUACCGCGCCUGGCGGAUUUAUCGUCGGAGGUGUCUUUUCUUCUCUCUUCGCUCAACUUGUGUGGUGGCCAUGGGGUUAUUGGGUUCUCGCCAUCGUCUGUGCUGUUUUAGCCCUACUUGGAUGGAUCGUUAUCCCGAAUACACCGACGCCGAAAUUCGAAGAUGAUUUGCGCUUCUGGCAGCGACUUGACUUAGUCGGUGGCGCGGCUGGCAUCUCCGGUUUGGUUCUGAUCAAUUUUGCUUGGAACCAAGCUGCAUUGGCAGGAUGGAAAGAACCAUAUUGCUAUAUUCUUCUCAUUAUUGGGUUUAUCUUUUUGGGUGCUUUUGCAAUGGUGGAACGCACAGCUCUGUGUCCAUUGCUACCUGGUUCAGUCUUCACUGGAGAUCUAGCAUGGGUCUUGGGUUGUAUUGCGGCCGGAUGGUCCAGCUUCGGUAUUAUCAUUUAUUAUUUCUACCAGUUUAUGGAGGUGAUUAAGGGUGAUUCACCCUUACUAGCUACAGCCAAGUGGUCUGGUGCGGCUGCCAGCGGUGCGAUCGCAGCACUAGUCACCGGAUUCUUGCUCGGUCGCCUGCCACCCAGUGUCAUCAUGUUCUGCGCAAUGGCUUUCUUCACAGCGGGAUUAUCAAUUUUUGCCACCGUACCUGUCCACCAGACUUACUGGGCUCAAGCAUUCGUCGUCAGCUUGAUCACCUCUUGGGGAAUGGAUAUGUCCUUCCCAUCUGGGACUCUUAUUCUGAGUAACUCAAUGCAUCGCCACCAUCAAGGGCUUGCGGCAUCUCUAGUGGCCACAACUGUCAACUAUUCUAUCUCACUUGGGCUCGGAUUUGCGGGUACGGUGGAGACUCACGUCAAUGAUGGCGGCAACAAUGUGCUGCGAGGUUAUCGUGGAGCUCUCUACAUGGGAAUUGGACUUGCAGGACUGGGUUUAUUCGUCUCAAUCUGCUUCAUGUUCUCCAGCUGGAGACGUUGCCGCGCUGAGCGCCAAAAGUGA